AUGGAUUCAGAAGAAAUUCGAUCUGCCAAGGCUUCCUUGGAAAAAGCCAUUCAAUCCAAGAAUACGGAGACAAUGCUCGACAUCAUGAACCGUUUAAGAACAGGUGUUGUUGCUACGGAGGAAUUAUUAAAGGAAACCAGACUUGGUUUGGUAAUAGGAAAACUUAGGUCUUAUCCGAAUGAAAAAGUUAAUGAAUGCGCUCGCGAAAUCGUAAAAAAGUGGAAAACCGAUGUGAGCAGGGGUAGACCAUUGAAAAAUACAGCCACUGGUGGUACCAAUGGGGCUUCUCCAGCUUCCAAAGGCGCAGGCGUUGCGACUCCUAUUCAAAAACAAACACAGAAUCAAUCAUCAGGUGGACAGCGUACUUUCAAAACGGACAAGGUCAAUGUGAAUUUAACAGACGAUAAAAUUCGCAAUAAUUGCGUUGGCCUUAUUUACAAUGCUUUGGCAUUAGACACGGACGCUGAUUCUUCUCUGAUUUUAAAGCGUUCUGUUGAAAUUGAUGCACAGGUUUUAGCUCGUGCUUCUGGAAAUACAGGGUCUGAGUAUCGUAAUCGGAUGCGAUCACUCUAUAUGAAUCUAAAAGAUAAAAGUAACCCGAAACUUCGUGCUUCGGUCAUAUCUGAAGAUAUAAAUGCUCAACGUCUAAGCAACAUGAACUCCGCAGAACUUGCUUCUGAAGACCGUCGUAAAGAAGAUGCUAAGCUUGAGCAGGAAAAUCUGUUUCAUGCUCAAGGUGCUAAACCUCAAAAGGCUAUCACAGACUUGUUUACAUGCGGAAAAUGUAGGCAAAAGAAGGUUUCCUAUUAUCAAAUGCAAACUAGAUCUGCAGAUGAACCUAUGACAACGUUUUGUGAAUGUGUCGUUUGUGGCAACCGGUGGAAGUUUUCAUAG